CACGAACUCCUUUCUCAGAUUCCUUUUUUUUCUCUCUCUCUUACUUUCCCUCCUUUCCUCCCUCCCUUCUUCCUUUUCCCUCCCUCCCUCCGCCCAAUCCCUCCCAAUCUCUUUCUUUCUCUCUUCAGUUCCUUCAGGUAAUUCCUACUCAAACUUGUACCAACUUGUUUUUGACUGACAGUGAAGGGCAGGAAAGAGUUGUCUUCAUUUGGAGAAAGCCUCAAUACCUAUCUCUCCAAGGCAACCUGCAUUGAUGGAUUAUUAUUUUUGUGACUUGUAAUAACUUCACAUCUUGCCUGGAUUCUCCAUUCACCGGUCUUUGCAGGUAAGAGGCCGUAGCUGACACCCAUAGUAGCCAGGUGGGCGAAGGGGAGCAAGGACGUUGCACCUGCCUUGAGGAAGACAGACAACUCUUGGACCUCCUGAGUGCUGACCAGAGCAUUCCUGAGGCCGAGCGUGGGAACCCAGCACGUCUCCUAGGUGCCCUCCGGAGCACGGCGAUGGACGCCAUCCACAUCAACAUGUCCGGGGCGCCUCUGGUGAAACACAGUCCCGGAUCCGAGCUCAAGACCAACAGACCCCGUGUCAUGUCCAAAAGCGGACACAGCAACGUGAGAAUCGACAAAGUGGACGGCAUCUACCUGCUCUAUCUUCAAGACUUGUGGACGACAGUCAUCGACAUGAAGUGGAGAUACAAGCUCACCCUGUUUGCUGCCACCUUCGUGAUGACCUGGUUCCUUUUUGGAGUGGUCUACUAUGCCAUCGCGUUUAUCCAUGGGGAUUUAGAACCCAGAGGGCACACUUCAAACCACACUCCCUGCAUCAUGAAAGUGGACUCUCUAACGGGGGCCUUUCUCUUUUCCCUGGAGUCCCAGACAACCAUUGGCUAUGGAGUCCGCUCCAUCACUGAAGAGUGCCCCCACGCCAUUUUCCUGUUGGUUGCUCAGCUGGUUAUCACAACCUUGAUUGAAAUCUUCAUCACGGGCACCUUUCUGGCCAAAAUUGCAAGACCCAAAAAGCGAGCUGAGACCAUCAAGUUCAGCCACUGUGCUGUCAUCACCAAGCAGAACGGGAAGCUGUGCUUGGUGAUCCAGGUGGCUAACAUGCGAAAGAGUCUGCUGAUUCAGUGCCAGCUCUCCGGCAAGCUCCUGCAGACCCACGUCACCAAGGAGGGGGAGCAGAUCCUCCUCAACCAAGCCACCGUCAAGUUCCACGUGGACUCCUCUUCCGAGAGCCCCUUCCUCAUUCUGCCCAUGACCUUCUACCACGUGCUGGAUGAGACGAGCCCCCUGAGUGAUCUCACGCCCCAGAACCUGAAGGAAAAGGAGUUUGAGCUGGUGGUUCUCCUCAACGCCACCGUUGAGUCCACCAGUGCUGUGUGCCAGAGCCGGACAUCUUAUAUCCCAGAGGAGAUCUACUGGGGUUUUGAGUUUGUGCCUGUGGUUUCUCUCUCCAAAAAUGGAAAGUACGUGGCUGAUUUCAGUCAGUUUGAGCAGAUCCGGAAGAGUCCGGACUGCACCUUUUACUGUGCAGAUUCCGAAAAGCAGAAACUUGAGGAGAAGUACAGGCAGGAGGAUCAGAGAGAAAGAGAGCUGAGGACACUCUUGUUACAGCAGAGCAAUGUCUGAUCACGGUGGUGAUGACUCUGUGGGCUGUUCCUGCACCGGAGCUCUCUCAAACACAAGGGCUGCUGUGCAGAUGAUGUGUGGUUUCAUUCCAACACAAAGACCUAUGAAAUCAAUCUUUUCUUUUGACCUAGUGGCUUAACAAGCAUUUCUGUGUUUGAGGGGGUUCCUUUAAAAUGCUUCGUCCGAAGUAAGCUCCCAAAAUUCGAUUUUUCUAAAAUGGGGGUACAUUUAGAAGAACUGUGUCGCAUGGGAUGGAAGACAUUUAACACAGCUGAUAUCAAAAGGAAAUGCAUUUCCGUACAAAAUGAUCAUCUAUAACAUAAGGUUUUUAUUUCAUCCAAGAAUUAAAGACAUUAUGACCAAGGGUUGAAAUGUGAUUCAGUAUUCACUUACAUCAUUACCUGAAAUUAGACUCUUUUUUUCAAGCAGAGAAAAUGUUAUACAUAAUGAUGGCUACCUGGUUAUGCCUAAAAAGGGGCAGGGAAACUCUAUUCUCACAAAAACUAAUAAUUCCAUGUCACUCUAUGUUCACAAAGAAAAUAAUUCUUCACUGGACUGAAUUGUACGGAGUACAGUUGAUUAAAUUAGGAAUUGACAGAUGUGGAAACAUAUAUCAAUGAAACCAAUGCUACUCUUCACACUAUUUUUUUCUUUGGGACCUUCUUGCCCUUUUCUAUACAAAAUGUGGUUCCCAGACCACUAGUACCAGCUGCACCUGGGGGCUUACUAGAAAUGCAGAAGCUCUGGCCCUACCUAGACCGACUGAAUCAGAGUCUGUAUUUUAACAAGAUCCUCAGUGAUUCCUAUGCACGUUAAACUUUGAGAAGCUCUGCUGUGGACAGUGGUUUCCAAGGUACUUUCUGAGGCCAUGUGAAGCCUGACUCUGCAGAUCCCAUGUCCACCUGCCCUCCAGCUGUCCUUUUCUCUUCAGAUCAUUAUUAUGGGCCAAUAUUCCAUUCAGCCGUAUCAUUCCCAGUCUAUUAUAAUGCCAUGUCCACAAAGGAACUUCUUGGAAUUAUUCACUGACAUCCCAAGAGUAAACGAAAGCUCUUGAGAGUAAUGGACAUCUCAGGUGUGAUAAAUAAAUGGCUCAUUAAUUAUAAUUAGCACGGACGAUUCAUAAAUAAACUAACAAAAUUAAGCUGUGUAACCAUAAAGGAAAUUUGCUCAGAUGAUAAAGUAUAUAAGGUUGGGGUGGACCAGUGAGGAAGAAGAGGAGAUGAAGGGAAGGAAUGCAGUACAUUACCAAGAUGACUCCUUGAAGCAAGAUCAAAAUUUGAUCAUCUGAGAGGACAUCAGCAUUUAAAUAAGCCUUAUGCAUUUCAGUGUUACAGAGGUAACAUUUUGCAUCUGGAUGAAUGUGGGGGUUUGAGAGCUGUAUUUCUUUGGGGCUGAGAAUAAAUGUGCUGGUAUUGGCUGAAUAUGCAAAAUGUGAAUUCUCAUUUCAUUCACACCAGGAUGAUCUGCAUGUUCACUCAAGGAGUGUGUGUCUGAGAUUGUGCAGGUGGUGCGUACAUGCAAACAUGCACAUGAGGCCACACAUACACACAGCCUUUUCAAGCAUAAUUGUGGGGAUUGUUGAUGAAAGACAUUUGCAAUUAAAGGAGCAAGUCCUUGAAAAAUAUGCUCAUGUAUGUUUGGUUCUAUAAGAAUUUGAACUUUGGGCUUCAGAUAAUAGGGAAAGUAAACUGAAUUCAGAUUAUCAGCGAAAAGAUGAAAUAUAUUGCAGCCAGUCUGGCCAUAUUUGCUAUAAACAUUACCAGAUUUCCAAAUGUCCAUCUAUUGAACAGAAAAUGUGGCUAAAAUCUCUAGCCUGGAACUAACUAAUAGAAUACAGGUGUAAGAAUAAUGGUGGGUAAAAUUUAUAAAGGUUUAAAGAAUCAUCUCAAUUCAUGAAAGGUAGGAUUUUGUCUUUAAUUUUUCAGGAGUUUUUUUUCUUUUUCCUUUUUCUGUUGAUAGUUUAAUAACAGUUUGCUUUAGAUCUUCAUUUUUAAAAAUAUUACAUGUUUGUGUAGUUAGUUACUACCCCUUUUAGUUAUUUUUCUUAUUUUAUACAUUUUUAUUGUGGUAUAAUCAAAAGGAAAAUAAUGCCCUAGGCAGGUUUACAGCUUUUGUGUUGCACUACUAAAUUCUUUUCACAGCUUUACAUUGAUGCUAAUUUGAAUGUGAUCAAGAUUACGAAUCUUGCUUACUUACAUUGUAUAUGGUACAAUGUAGUUCCAUAAGAUUCAUAAAUCUUUUUAUAUGUUCAGUUAGCAUAUUAAAGUUUCAGCCAAGUUUGGAAGACUUGAUCAUCUGAUCUUUUGUACUACACAAAAACCAAAUGUGCAGAGUGUCUUAAAAACCAAUAUGUGUACAGUUCAACAAAUUGUAUUAUAAAGUAAUAUUCAAUAAAUAGCUCUAAAGUUG